AUGUCGACCUCCCGAGUGAUGCCAGUUGGCAGCACUACCAACGCCCACGACUUCAACGCCCUUGACCCAGACUCGUACACUGCCCACCGACUCAAACAUGCAUCCCCCGAGCACCUCCACCUCACCUCUCGCCGCUUCUUCAUAGGUCCAAUCCCCGAGGGCUGGCUCAACAGCCAUAGAAAGGAGUGGUAUAAGCGAAGAAUCCAGCUGAGCGCCUAUUCUUCCCGAAAAGCGAGCUUCCGCGCAGCCACGGAGCAAGACCGUCGUCAUAGGACGGUGACUGGUCUCGAAGGCCCGUCGACAGCUGCUAGAGUCAACUUCAGUUUUCCCCAACCUGAAAAUGUCUUCGAACAAGAUUCAAGCGCCGGCGAGACCACAGAUGUCGAAGAGGAGGACCAGGAGGAAGAUGAAGAACCAAUUGAGCCAAGUGAUAUAGAACCAGUCGCUACAAAUGAUGUGCCCCGUAUUCUAGGGAUUGAGGACGAAAAUGAACAGGGCAACAGAGUCCCCAAGUCUCUGUCAGUCCCGGCAGAUAAAGGUCUGGACGGUGCCCGCGACAACCUCAAACCCGGGCCGACCACAAAGAGUGCCUUGAAGUCCAUGAAACCUGAAUCUUUCAAAACUGCCCAUGAGAAUCCUUUCGGAGAUUCGGCAGCCACUACGCCUGUAAUCAAGCCUCAACGCUCCGAACACGACCACGAGCAGGCCGAGAGCAUGGGGGAUGACUCUAACAGAAGGUCCAUGCAGCCAUCGGCAUCGACUCAGGACAAUCUGGAAACGAACUCCAGGACUGCUCUACUAUCCGCCGACAGUCCCCAGCUGGCUGCAAAAUCUCUGCAGCAGCAUGACCCCGCCCCCCUGGAUAACGACCAGGAUUACCGCCUGGGCAGGACGAGCACAGGUGUCAGAUUCAAAGUCUCGGAAGGGGUGCAACGAGGCCAGCAGAAGGUGGUGAACAAAGCCAUCCGCGUGCAAGGCCGUGUUGCCAACAGGAGAUUGAGACGCAAUACUCUCCAAGAGGGGACUGUCGUCAAAAUGGAACGCAUGUUGGUGAGAGUGGAUAUGACCAUGCAGGAGGUUCCGGAAGACUUUGACGAGAAUGAGAGCUUCAAGAUCGAGACGAGAUUGCUAGAAAAAUGGCGGGAGUUCAUGGUUGUGGCCAGAAAGAGCAAGAAGCACGACGUCGACGACUUCCGGCUUCAGAUCUACAACACCCGAGUCAUCCCAGAGAUUGAGGACGAGUCAACGAAGAAGAAACCAAAGCAUGAGAUCAGACUUGACCCCAAGACGACGAGAGUCAAUUUGUACUCUUCCCUCGACAAGACCGUAGUUAUCUGGCAUCCAUACAGAAAAGGAACGAGAAUCAUGGUGAUGAGGCCACGUUCGCAGGCACAUUCUGUGGAGUGGUAUACCUUUCUCAGAGACGCCCUCGGCUGGGAACGGCCUUCCACCCUUCAAGUCAAUGUCCCAGAUCUGGAUGUUACGUUGCGACUGGAGCGGCCGUUUGAAGGCCUUGAAGCAGCAGGCGCAGAUGCGGCAGACGAGGAGACGGCUCUGGCACGGACAGUUGCUGCCGAGAAAGCCGUUGCGGGAAAGAUCAUUUCUGAGUGCAUCUCCAUGUUGGAACGCGAUCCUGAAUGGUCGAACGUCUUGGAAGUGUGGAGUGAGACAGCCAAGAUGGGCCUUGCAUGGAAGAGGUACGACCGGCUCGAAUGGGUGCAUGGAGUCAACGAGAACAAGAUGUAUGGCUCUAUGGCAAUGGCCCGGUCGCAUGAUCUGGAACUGCGACCGAAACAACACUACCCUACGUCAACGUAUGGCAAAAAGGAAAAACUUCACGAGGAACCGGCUCCCAUUGAAGGAUUCUUGAUCCGACUGACGUCCCAGAAAGGGAUACACAAGAGGAUGGGGAAAGCGUUCUUCAAGCGAUUAUAUUUCUCGACGCACAAUCAGUUUUUGGUGUUCAAUCGACCCGCGAAGGCCACUCCACCUCAUCCCCCACGCCUCGCCACGACCGGGGCAGGUGACGUCCCAUCUUCGCACGAGAUUGUGGAGAAGACGCCGUUAAUGUACGACAUCGAACCGUACAAAUUGAGCCAUGGCGACAUCUCGUGGCUAUCCUCGGGCAACCAGGUGAAUUUACAGAGUCACGACCGUGGUGCCCUCGAAGAGGCUCGGCGGAACGUGGCAAACAUCUUGGAAGCGGACGGGUAUAUCAACAUGUGCAACAUCCGUCACGUGCGCACCAUAAGAUGGGGCGCUUCCCCUGCGGACGAAGCACUCGAGACUGGAUCGGGCUCGGACGUCGAUUUUCACCAGGAAGUCUCCGAUAGCAGGCAGGAUGACGGCUCGACGCAUGAAAUCGACGACGAUCGAAUCUUUGAACUCGUUCUCGGGAAUGGACUGGUUGUGCGUCUGCAAGCCUACUCGAAACAGACACGAGACGAAUGGAUCCGUCGGUUGAAAGAAUUGGUCAAAUACUGGAAACUUCGCACGGCUGCCGAGAUGGAUACCUUCAAAGCCGUCAGAAAAGCCAAUCUCGAACAGCUCAGCGUGGAUGAAGAAAUGGAAGCCAUCAUUGGUCAGUUUGCAAAGAAAUGGGAAGUCAGCCGCAGCGAAGCCAGCCCGGAACUCUACAACAUGUGCGCCAUAAGCAGCUGUCGCAGCAUUACAAUGUCGGGCUCGUUGUAUCUUAAAACGCGUCGACGAGCCACUUUUCACCGAUGCCAGGUCAUUCUUACUGGGGGUCGAUUGCUCGUUUUCCAGUCGGCUUUGAGAAAAAGGACCGGCGAGCAAAUCCGAUUCAUCCAUCAAGAGAAGCAGCAGGAUGUGGACUUGAAAGACUGCUAUGUCUACAGUGGGCUGAUUGUCAAUGAUGAUCUGCUGUACCAGAACCGGACUUUCGAUGCCAACCACCCUGGUCUGGCCAGUCUCCCGCGCGUGUACCUUGAGGACGGAUGGACGAGCGCUGACAUUGAUGUCAUGACAUGUUUUGUGGUGUGGAUGAAUAGGAAAAAGGGCUGGUUCAAGGCAGCCACGACCGCAGAGACUGUAAGUGAGCCGACCAGAGAUGGAAAUGGAAGCCGUGGCCGCACCAGAGCGAGGCUUCGUAGGGUAGGGCAGCUGGGGGUGCCGGGGCGAGGAAUGGUCUUCAAAUGCCGCAGUCGCGCGGAGAGGGACCACUGGGUGCUGAACAUUGCCAGCGAGAUUGAGCGAGUUAUUGAGCACGAAGUCGAGGAAUUGGGCGAAGAGGGCGAGUUCCGCUUCGAGAAUUGA